GGCAUCAAGAUUGGGUAACAAAACAGUAACUGAACGAUGCAAUACUUUCUUCCGUACAGUAAAACUGAUUUCCACUAUGCCUAUGGAGUCUGUUUUGAAGCGAAGAAUGUCUUGAAAAUAGUUUAGCUUAGCCAAAGAAACACCGCUUUCUGUGUAGAACAUUUUUGCCGCCUGAAAGGACAGGAGAGCUGGGAGGGCAACUGUAGGACGUGAUGCAAAAUGUUGCUUCACUGCCUUCUAGGUUUGGCGGUCACAUUGGGUCUUCAUGUUGGAGCAGCAACAUCGCUGGAGCCACCAGGAACGUUCAUGGAGCACGUCGUCUUGGACCAGGGAGCUGUGCAGCGGAGUUACGCAUUCUGCAAUGACUAUUCUCCGGCACACUACUACGUCGACUCACCAUUGGUAGAUGAUUUACACGGUGCUUUGCCUUUUUCGAGAAAAACCUGGAUUGUUUUUCUGGAAGGUGGCGGAGUUUGCCAGAAUCCUGCGCACUGCUCUUCCCGAUACUUCUCAUCGUCGAGACGGCUGAUGACUUCGUCGAAUAGUGGCCCCCUAAUGUCGAUGCCCUGGUGGUGGCCAUUCAAACUGGAAGGUUGGACGAUAUUGUCUCGUCAUCAGGAUGUAAACCCGGUUUUUCACAAGGCAAGUCGGUUGGUUAUGCCUUACUGCAGCAGCGACCUGUGGCUUGGUCGCUCGAAAACAAAUAUUUUGACUAGCGUGAAGUUCAAGUACCUCUCGGGGCUGCCGGGACAUAAUAGAUCCACCUAUUCGGUGCUGGGCAGUCUGAUGGCAUUCCGAGGAGUGGCAAUCUUCCGCACCAUAUUCGCCGAAGCCUGGCGUAAGCACGGAAUGCGAAAGGCUCGUCGCAUCCUGCUAGCAGGAAGCAGCGCCGGCGGAAUCGGCGCACUGAACCAGGUCGAAUGGGUGGUGAACUUCAUCGCCAAGAACACAGAUUCGAACAACGAGAUUCAAGUGUCGGUCUUGUCGGAUUCGUCAUGGUUCGUGGACUUCCGCGGCGUGUUGUCAAGUCGCAUACAUCCUCUGUGGGUUCAGUCCUAUCUCAGAGUUCCGGCUAACGACAACGGCCGACCUGGCGGAAAUGCAACUGACCGACCACCCUCCGUCCAAGCAAUGUCAUCCUUCGACUCGCCGAACAAUCUUCCAGUCAACUUCUGCAGCCAACCCGAUGGUGGUUAUCCAUGCUGUCUUUCGCUGCAGUGCGUUGUGAGAAGUCGCCACCAGCUGGGCUUUGUCAAGCAACCUUUCAUGAUCGUCAGCAGUCGGUUCGAUGCGUAUCUUCCCAGUGUAGCCGCUCAAGAGGCGUUGGCCGUCAUAACGGAGCGGAGCUUGAGAUACUUGCAAGCCGCCCGACUGGCGGUGGAGUUCGGAGGCGUGCAGAUCCUAUCGCUGAUGCAACGACACAUGGACAGCGGUUUCCAGUCGUCCUACAUACCUGCGUGCACGCAGCACGUCUAUCUUGCGACGUCGAACCUUUGGGCAGGCGAUGGAUUACUGGGAGCGAUCAUGGCCAGCGUGUUCGGAGGAAAUUCCAAGGGACAGGUGUUCGUGCAUGACAUUGGCAAAGACUUGUGGAACACGAUCUGCAUCCCCGACCUGACGCCCGAAUGCCAACCAGAGCUAGCGGAAAACACUUCAGCGGGCACAUGCGAGGCGGACUCCACCGGCACGUGUGCCAACGCACGCAAGUGCAUAACUUUGCGCGAGUCGAUCAUGAUCUGGUGGCUCGAGACGGCACCGGAUGCAGCCUAUCCGAACACACGCACACUGGCCAUAGACACAUGCGAGGGCAUCAGCUGCAACCCGACGUGCCCGGACAGCGUUCACCUGGGAAGCGUUCGCAACGACUGGACAACGGAUGUUGAUCUCAACGUUCUCAUCGCCAUCAUCACCUACUCAUUGGCCAUCAUCGCCAUCUUCGUCAAGCACCGCAUGUUUAUAUGCCGAGUACAGAUACAGGAUCACAUUGAUUUUGCCAAGCAUCACCAGUCCAAGAAGAUAUCGUUUCCACCGCUGGCAGCUUGCGACGCAGUCACUGUGGCCUGCACGUCCAUCCACUACACCGUCAAGCUACGCGAGCCUGCUACAGAUUUAGCCAGGAGGACAAGUCAUAGGCAGUCUUCUCAGUCCAGUAGAACAGCUGGGUGCAGAGAUCAACACAGUGUCAACACUACUCCUAGGCCAUCGGACGCUCAAGUGCCUCUACAGCAACCCGAUGAUGAAUUCGUACCAGCGCUAGUCAUGCUGCCUACUGGUGGUGGUAACCGCCCACUGCCCCUGGAGCAAAUCCCGGAAAGGUACCCGUCGAGUGCAAGGUCCAGUGAGCGCGGCUCCAUUCUACGACGGCAAAGUCGAGUCGAGGAGUACGAAGGCAACGAAGAGUCUUCUAAAAACCUCCGUAAACUGUCAACAGUGUCCUCUAUAAAGAAAGUGACAAUCAAGGAUGAUGUAAUGGAGAUGCCAGCGUCGAAUACAGGCACAAGCAGAGCUACAUUUUGCGGCACGCUCACAGCGACAUGGAACCAGCGGCGACCUCAGUGGUUUGAGGAGCGGCAGUCGCGCACGGCCAAAGUUGACACCAGAUCGAUUUCCUCUCAGAGAAGACGGGACACGCCAACGUCCAGGAUGAAAUCCAGCGCUUCUACCGCCGAGCUAGGCCUAGAGGAGAUGGGUCCGCAUCCGGCGUUGCCUCUUGCCGACAACGAGAAAAGACUGCUCUCUCAAGUGUCCACCAUCUUCCGUCCCGGUGAACUGAUCGCCAUCAUGGGACCGAGUGGCUGUGGCAAAAGCACUCUACUGGAGCUGCUGGCUGGGCGCCGUGACUUUGCUGCCAGUGACCAUCAUGUGGAGGGGAACAUCUUUGCCGGUGGCAAGUCUCUGCGUCACAGCUCUGUGCUGAAAAGCUAUAUCGCGGACGCUGGCUACGUGCGUCAACUGGCCACACCAUACUAUGAGGAACUGACGGUGCGAGAGAACCUGGUCUUGGCUUCGUUCCAGCGCCUGCCCAGCGACGAGACGAUAACGUACAGGGUGAUGAGAGUGGAGGGCAUUAUCAGCUUGAUUGGCUUGGACAACUUUGCUGACACAGCUGUCGGCAGUUCAACAGGACCCGGCCUAAGCGGAGGGCAGAAACGCCGACUAUGCAUCGGCCUUCAACUCAUCCACUUGCCAAAAGUGCUGUUUCUGGACGAGCCAACAUCAGGCCUGGACUCAACAUCGACAAUGGAGAUCCUUGAAGUGCUCGCCAAUAUUGCAACGUCUGGUCGUCUUGUCAUCCUUUCUAUUCACCAGCCGCGCACAGAAGUGGUGCACAUGUUCAACAAUAUCCUGUUCCUGCAUGACGGCAAAGUCAUGUUUUAUGACUCUCCUGUCGUGUUUCCUGGACUUUGGGUGGACAAAUACCUCAGCUUGAUUGGACGACGCGAUAUUCCCGAUCAAGAUGAAGAGGACCUGGAAGACCAUGUCGACGAAAACUCCCUGAUGGGAGCGGAGAACACCAACAUAGCUGACAAGAUGAUGGAUCUGCUCAAGGACCCAGACCUACGCGAGCUCUUUCAGACAUACAAUAGGAAGUACGGAUGGCAGCAGGACGAUGUCGUAAGGGAGGUGAAGGUUCUGCGAGAGAAGGACAAAGAACGCUUCUUCAAAGCUGAGCAAGCCGAACAAAGAAGAUGUAGUGGUCAGCUGGACAAAGAUAAAGGGGCCAAAGAAAAAGGGGCCAAAGAUAAACAACGUCCUGACGUUAAGAGAGGUUCAUCGGUGCCCGAAAUUGCCAGGCACAGUUUACAGAACGUCAGCAAGCGCACAUCUGGUCUUUGGAAUCGCAUUUUAGUGUGGGAUUGCCGUGCCACUCUGCGCUCCAACAGCGUGACAAGAAUGUACCUUCCCAUUAUCAUGGGUGGCAUGUUCCUAGGACUAGGCGCAGCGUACUACCAAACUGAUGACUUGCUGCUGCUCCUGAGCGCUCUGUGUCUUUGGACACUUGCCAGCUCACUGUUCAUGACUCCGGCGAUCCAUUUCCACCUGGUAAAGGCUUUCGAGAUCUUCAAGUUGGAACAUGAUGACGGUAUUGGACUGACUCUGGAUCUGGUGCUGCAGACGUUUGUCCGCUUCCUUGCCCUGGCUGCUGUUCCAAUCAUCUUGGACACACUCCUUCUGUACCUUAUGAUCACAUCUCCGAAGAAUCGCAGCGUUUCUGACAUUCUGGUACUGACAGGCAGCUACUUGCAGUUGAAUAUGGCAUGGUCUGCGUUCGCCAUUCUGCUGUUGAGUAUCAAUCCGGCGAUCGGCUUCAAGCUCGCUCCGCUGUUCAGCUCCCUCUCGGGCUUCGUUGGAGGAUUUCUAAUUCCACUGCCCAAGAUGGCAAGAUGGUACAGGUGGUUGAUCUAUGUGAAUCCAAACUACUUUGCCUACUCGGCAAUCAUGUACCAUUACCUGAGACACUUCAAGGACAAUUGCAAGUUUGAAUCUCGUCUCGAGUGCUACACGUCCAGCGGCCUCUACUACCUGCAGAGGUUCGGCUUCGAUGACACUGGACCUGCGAUCAAUUCACUGGUUCUGUACAUCAUGGCAGUAGUGUAUUUACUAUUGGCCUGGAUCACUCUGGAAAUCCGCUACAACCAUCUGCGGCGGAAGUUCACGCACAAGUUGCGCAACAUAAUUCGUGGCAGAAAGCACUGGGAUGGUGGGGAUGAUUUGCCGCGUCUGAAGGAGGAGGAGAGAAAGCCCUUUGUCAACUUUCAGGAGUACUUAGCUGGCGAGGGGAUACGUGAGCUUGAGGAGAUCUGCAAGCGCAACGGACGGGAGUGGACGACUGCUAAGCGCAAAUCAUUCAGCAUCAUCAUCGAGGACGAUAGAAAGUCCGCAAAGCACCAGAUGCUUUCCGUGGACGUCAGCCAUGGCGGUCAGUCGACACUGCGCACAGAGACCAGCACAAUGGUGACGCCUAUCUGCGCCAAGUGGCGCUUUGCCGCCAAGCUGGCAGCAAGUCGAGAGAACGUCAAGAUGCUGGGCAGCUUCCAGGACGGCGGAACAUUCACCGAGAGGGCCAUGCGGCACGCGCACAUACCCUUUGAGAAGCCCAAGCCAGGUGCCACCAAACUCCUGGACCUGGUCAUGGAUGCCUACAAAACUCAACAGCCGGCCGAAGCACGCACUGCUGCCGAUCGCCGGGCGGAGAUGGCGAAUCGGAAAGCAUACCUCAAGCAGAUCAUGCGGGCAAGGGUGCAAAAGAGCCGGAACAAGAAGGACUGAACCGCUUGUUGUGAGUAUCCUGAUAAAUUCACCUAGACCUACGGACCUAAAUUUAUGCUAUGGAUAGUGACUGUACAACGAUGUAAUGCUGCAAUGAUUAUCUGAAAGCAUGGUGUGUAAUGACCGCACCACAGUCCAGGCGUCGACGAGAAACCUGUAUCCUUGAACGCUUCCCGAGUUUGAUUUUGGUUCUCAUUCUUGUGCAAAUUAUCAGUGUAUUUCUUGUGAAAAUUAGAUAAGCAAAGUAACUAUAUUGAUUGAUUGUGAAGUUAGCCUUGAUUCUAAUUGUGAGCUCAGCUGUUUGAGUGAAGUAAUACUAGCUUAGAGCUUGUUCCGUUAUUCUGUGUUGAAUACCUGUUGAAUUGUGCAUGGUGAUCUCUAUUAUAAAACUAUUAAUAUUUUCAACGAAUUUUCUCUACCAUGACUUAUUCGCACCUUAGACAUAGUAGUUGACUAGACCUUGAACUGAAACUCACUCAAAUUUCCGCUAUGAUCGUACACGGUGUCGUUGAUGUACUGACUAUGGCACAAACCCUCAAAUUU